CCGGCGAGCGGUUGUCAUCAGUCUCCAAGCAUUUGUGGAAGAGCGUGUCCCAGCGAACAAUAACCAGAAACACCAAGCGAGUCCCUCCAGCAAAGCAUUAGCAUUCUUUCGAAACAAAAAUACACCAUCGAAGGUAAAUCCUCGAGAGCAGACGAGAUGAGCGAGUUGGCAAAGCAGCAGGAGCAGGAUGGGGAGCAGGCUCCCCAGGAGCCGAUCGACUUUGACAUCGACUUUGAAGAGGUGCCGGUGCCCAAGGACCGGGAGGAGAGAAUCCAGGCAAGGUUCUCGGAGAAGCGGUACUCCAAGGCCUUCAAGAAGAUGGCCAAAGCCCAGCGCAUGCUGGAGCAUUCCAUCGUCCUGCUGGCCGAGGAGGAGGCCAGGUGCCAGGAUAAGCGCUCGAGGAAGGGCAAGAAACAGCAAAAGAAGCAGGCCAAGAAGGAAAAGAAGAAGGCGAAGAAGCUGGCCAAGAAGCAGGCCAAGGAGAGGGAGGAGGAGCGAGAGCGGCAGGGGGCAGCGGAGGAGUCGAACUCCUCCUCCAGCUCCUCUAGUUCCAGUUCGUCCAGCUCCAGUUCCAGCUCGAGCUCCAGCUCCGAGGACGAGAUCAACUUCUACAGAUACGGAUGGCGGCGAAAUCCUUGGCGACGAGGACCUCAUGGCCACCAUGGCUUUGGCCACGGGCUUGGUCACGGAUUUGGCCACAAGCAUGGCCACAAGCAUAGUCAUGGGCCGCAUCAUCAUGGCCGCCACCGGCGCCACCACCUGGGACCCCAUCACCACUACGGACCCCACCACAUGGGACCCCACUUUGGACCCCAUUUCGGGCCUCACUUCGGACCGCCCCAUCACCCUUUUGACUUCGAUUGGAGAUUCUACCAGGGACCUUGGCAGGAUCAGCGCCAGUUUUUUCGGUCGAUGGGCCUGCCGUGGGCCCUGGACAACCGCGCGGCCUGCCGGAGGAGCCGAUCUCUGCCUAGAUUUGAGCACGAAUAUCGAGGAGAUUUCGGACUCGGAUUCGGAUUUGGACCCGGAUACGGACAGGGAAAUGGCCACCCGGGUCGACCGUUUGGCCGUCCAGUAGAAAGAUCCUUAUCCCUUUCUGGAGGCCCCAGCAAGUCGAGGGGCAGGAGGUCCAGAUCUAGUUCCAGCUCUAGUUCCAGCUCUAGCUCUAGCUCUAGCUCCAGUUCUUCUUCCGAGGAGGAGAAGAAAAAGAGGAGGGGUAAGGGAAAGGGCAGGAAGCAGCGCUCCUCCUCAAGCUCUUCUUGGAGCUCCAGCUCUAGUUCGGACAGCCAAGUGGAGAGAAGGCAGGGCCACCGUGGCCAUCAUUUCGGGCCUCCACAUAGGCACCGUCAUCAUGGAGGUAGCCACUUUGGACCUCAUUUCGGGCCCCAUCAUGGUCCCCGUCGUGGUCCCCAUCAUGGCCGCCAUCAAGGGCCACACCAUUGCUUUGGACCGGAGUUUCCCUUUCCCCAAGGGGAACAACCACCCUUUGGAACCCCCGGACCCCAUGGACCACAUGGACCCCUUGGAUCCCACGGUAAUCCCGGUCAGUCUUUUGAACCACCAGCCGAGUUCCUUGGCCGUCGUGGACACUCACCAUCCCGAUCCCGGGAAAGACCAACGUCCGGUGGUGAGGAAAAGUACGAGAAAGGCGGGAACCAAAACUGCUCGGGCAAGGAAAAGAACAAGAAGGGUAAGAAGAAGCACGGAAAACGAGGUCAUGGACACAGACACCAUCGUGGCUAGGCGAGCACAGGCAGCAUGAGAUUCCAUCGAUUCCUUCAAUAUAUCUGUUUAACCUCCCAUAUCCCAUACGUAUUCCCCUCCAACCACUAUCAAUUUUAUACCCCGAAAAGCUUUACUAUUAUGUAGAAACGAAAAACAUCUAAAAUUAUAUAUCAAUUCAAAAAUGUUAAUAAAACCAAAAACUAAAUCA